CUUGCGCGCCGGUGCGUCUGUCGCGUGACCGCGAAGCCGCGGCCCGCCAACCUUAGUUGGCGUCGACUCACGUGGACGUGCGGCGGUGCCGAACGCCGCGUUCGUCUCGUUCCCUAUCGCUUCGAGUCGCGUCGACGUGCUCGAGACGGUCGUUCGCGCUAAUUGGUCGCGCUAAUUCGCUCCCGCGGUUAAUCAUGCGCGCCGCGUCUCGGCCGGCCGGCCGUUCGUUCGGCCGCUCGCGUCCCGUUGGAUUUCAGAUAUCCUCGUCGUGGACGAAAACCGGUUCUCAUGAGCACAAUAUUUCUGUCACGAGAUCGACUUCGUUUUCUGCGCUACAUUGUGCAUGUGUACGCGGCGGCGUAAAUAAUUUAAGCGUGGCUAUAACAUAUCGGUGUAACGAGGUUUCCAGUUUUGUACUCUUCCCGUUGCAGUGUGUGUUUGCGAGUCAUUCGAAUACUACGCUUUACGUCGCCUCAUUAACUCGAUCUUAUUUAAAUGAGGAGAUUCCGAACCCCGAAGGAAAUCUAUAAGUUCAUCCAAGAUGGACUGGACAUAUGUGAUACAUUCGGAAAACACCGAUACGAAUUUCAUGCAUUUCAUGGGCGAAAAGUUUUAAUGAAAUACAGGUUGCAGAAAAUAACUUCAUUCACUCUCUGUUGCCCGUUGUGAUACAACCGAAUAAAAUCACCACGAAUACGUGCGACAAGAUGAGAUUCGCGCGCAAAAGACUGAAGAAAUGGAACGAGAGCUUCUCUCAAAUUCGCGCGAGAGACGCGCAGUUGUCUCGAGGUGUCGAUAUCGUGGCAAAAGUGAACUCGUGGAAAUAAUGUCGAGAGACGCCGAAUUGUAAUUAUCGCGCCUCGAUGAGAGACUACCGGCGCGCGAAAGUGAGGGAAACGCGCGAAG